GAAGCGUUUCCACGAUGAUACUAAAAUUUACGUGCAGCUUAUUCUUAGUUUUGUGUCUGGUAAACCGACCUGCCGCUGGGUACAAUCUGUUUUCCGGAGCACCGACGUCGGAGCUGUCGUAUUUUUUCGGAUCUCGAACCGCAACAGACACCAUUUGCUUCGAGAAAACCAUCACCAAAGGAUCAAUAACCCCAGUUUUAGUUCAGUACACAAAUCCGGCUGCCAAAGUGAUCAACUUUGUGACAAUAAACGCCGACCGUUACUACAAGUAUGGAUACAGUGUUUACAUCGAGCGAGGAGCAAUGGCCACGGUUACCAUCUCUUUUAGGUUGUCCGGGAAACGAGUACUUCCAUACAACGUAGUUUUUCAGUUCUGGUGCGCGGCCUAAAUGUAAUGAAAACCGGACUUUUUGAUAAACAAAUAAAUAGUUUUGUUUUAACGAAAAA